CAAGAGCCAGAGGGAGGGAGCUGCCAGCCAGGCACAGCCGAGGACGCUGGAACGAUGACAACCGGUCACCAGCCUCAGGACAGGUAUAAGGCAGUAUGGCUCAUCUUCUUCGUGCUGGGCCUGGGGACAUUGCUCCCCUGGAAUUUUUUCAUGACAGCAACUCAGUAUUUCACAAACCGCCUGGACCUGUCCCAGAAUGUGUCCUCAGUCACUGACAAAUCAGGCAAGGGCACCGGGGCCCUGCCUGCCUCCACAGUGUCCUCGCCAGAGCGGAGCUCUCUCAGUGCCAUCUUCAACAAUGUCAUGACCUUGUGUGCCAUGUUGCCCCUGCUGCUCUUCACCUGCCUCAACUCUUUCCUGCAUCAGAGGAUCUCUCAGUCUGUUCGGAUCCUGGGCAGCCUGGUGGCCAUCCUGCUGGUGUUCCUCGUCACUGCCAUCUUGGUGAAAGUGGAGAUGGAUGCCCUGACCUUCUUCAGCAUCACCAUGGUCAAGAUCGUGCUCAUUAACUCAUUUGGUGCCGUCUUGCAAGCCAGCCUUUUUGGUCUGGCGGGUGUCCUGCCAGCCAACUACACAGCCCCCAUCAUGAGUGGCCAGGGCCUGGCUGGGUUCUUCACGUCUGUGGCCAUGAUCUGUGCCAUUGCCAGCGGCUCCAAGCUGUCAGAAAGUGCCUUUGGCUAUUUCAUCACGGCCUGUGCAGUUGUUGUCUUGGCCAUAGUGUGUUACCUGGCUCUGCCUCGGCUGGAAUUCUAUCGGUACUACCUGCAGCUGAACCUUGAAGGGCCCUCCGACCAGGAGACCAAGUUGGAUCUAAUCAGUAAAUGGGAGGAGCCAAGAGGAGGAAGAGAGGAAUCUGGAGUACCAGCUCCCAGCUCUCCGCCCACCAGCAAAAACCACUCCAUCAAGGCCAUACUUAAGAGUAUCUCGGUCCUGGCUUCAUCGGUCUGUUUCAUCUUCACUGUGACCAUUGGGUUAUUCCCUGCUGUGACUGCCGAGGUGGAGUCCGGCAUCGCUGGCGCCAAUGUCUGGAAGAGAUACUUCAUCCCUGUGGCUUGUUUCUUAAAUUUCAAUGUCUUUGACUGGCUAGGCCGGAGCCUUACAGCUGUUUGCAUGUGGCCUGGUAAGGACAGCCGCUGGUUGCCAGUUUUGGUGGUCUCCAGGAUCGUGUUUAUUCCCCUGCUGUUGCUAUGCAAUGUGAAAGAGCGACACUACCUGCCUUCCAUCUUUACGCACGACGCCUGGUUCAUCAUCUUCAUGGCUGCCUUUGCCUUCUCCAAUGGCUACCUCGCCAGCCUCUGCAUGUGCUUCGGGCCCAAGAAAGUCAAACCAGCUGAGGCGGAGACAGCGGGAAACAUCAUGUCCUUCUUUCUUUGUCUGGGCCUGGCUCUGGGAGCUGUGUUGUCCUUCUUGUUAAAGGCACUUGUGUGACCAUACGGGGA